AUGGUGCGAACCCGAACACUGGCCUCUCGGCUUCCCCUGUCUAGGCUUGGACGACCUGGCAGUACCCCAGCCCUCGUGCAACCUGUGGGUGGCAUGGCAGUUAGGAACCGAAAGGGCGCUACAGCUGAACGAGUUUUUUGCCGGCAACUGAAUGUGCUGCACCAGGCCGCCUCAUGUUGCAGUCCGUUACGAUAUCGAGAUAUCGCGAUACAUAGACUCACCUGGAACCCAGCUGAAUCUCUCGUUUGUGAUGUUUCCAGGCAACCGAAUGUGUUGCGCCAGACCACCUCAUGUUUCCGUCGUUACGAUAUUCGAGAUAUCGCGAUACAUCUUCGUUGUGUAGAUAUCUCGUUGAUACCAUUCCAAUAUCUUUUAUGUUGGCGUCUAUUCUUCGUGAACGAAGAUGCUACUGCGGCGUUUGUCAAUAGACAGGGAGCAAAUUUUUCUCCAAUCGAAUACUCCGGAAAUGCAAGUCGAGAGGCAGAGGUCGGGUUCGAACCACGGACCUCCCGCUGUAGCACCCUUCUGGUGCCCAGCUGCCACGCCACCCGAAGAAAGCACGAGGGCUGGGAUACGGCCAGGUUGCUCACGCGUAGACAGAGGAAGUCGAGAGGCGGAGGUCGGAUUCGAACCACGGACCUUCCGGUCAGUAAAUUCGCCGACUUGUGGAUUUUGGUGGACCGUAAAGCGGUGGUCAGAUUGCACUUUUGGGGCACACUCGAUACCAAUGACCUUGCAUUUAAUGUUGUAACACCAUUUCGAUGCCUGUCUGCCACCCGAAGGAAACAUGAGGACUGGGAUACUGCUGCCAGGUUUCCCAAGCCUAGACAGGAGAAGUCGAGACGCAGUGGCCGGGUUCGAACCGAGGACUUUCCGAUCAGUCAAUCCGCGCUCCAACUACUGAGACACCUCACAGGAGAAGUCGAGACGCAGUGGCCGGGUUCGAACCGAGGACUUUCCGAUCAGUCAAUCCGCGCUCCAACUACUGAGACACCUCGUAUACAACUGAGACUAUUCGGCGAACUCCCUGGAAUUCUGGUUCUGGUUGGACGUAAACUCGGGAACUCCUGGAAGGGAGACCACUAG